UCACUGAAAUAAUCUAAGUCAUUUGGAAAAGUACAUCGCAUCCGAGGUUUUCAAAAUACAUUUUUUUUAUAAUAAAUCUUCUUUUUAAAAAGUCAUUCUUCAGUUGAAAAAGUUUUGCCAAAUCUUGCUAAUGAGUUGUUGGUAGAAUUAAAUAAGAAAAACUGACGAAUUCAGAUAAAAUAAAGGUCGUAAAAAUGAUGACAGAGAAACUCAAUUCCCCUCUUGCAGAUAUAAUAAACAAAAGCCUAAAUAAAGUAGCGAAUAUUGGAGACGAUAUGGGUUGGAAAUCGAAGCUUAAGAUACCCCCAAAAGACAAUCGCUUUAAAACAAGCGAUGUAACUGAUACUCGUGGGAAUGAAUUUGAAGAAUUCUGCUUAAAAAGGAAACUUUUAAUGGGUAUUUUUGAAAAAGGAUGGGAACGUCCUUCGCCGAUACAAGAAGCAGCAAUUCCAAUUGCAUUAAGUGGAAAAGAUAUUUUAGCGAGGGCUAAAAAUGGUACAGGAAAAACUGGCGCAUAUUGUAUUCCAGUUUUGGAGCAAAUCGAUCCAUCCAAGGAUUACAUACAGGCAUUAAUAAUGGUUCCAACGAGGGAACUUGCACUGCAAACAUCUCAAAUAUGUAUUGAAUUGGCUAAGCAUCUUGAUAUUCGGGUAAUGGUAACCACUGGUGGCACAAUUCUUAAAGAUGAUAUAUUGCGCUUGUAUCAAAAAGUUCAGCUCAUUAUUGCAACUCCAGGACGAAUUCUCGACUUAAUGGAUAAGCGGGUAGCUGAUAUGUCUCACUGCAAGAUUCUAGUGUUAGAUGAAGCCGACAAAUUGUUGUCGCUUGACUUUCAAGGCAUGCUGGACCAUGUUAUUUUGAAAUUACCAAAGGACCCGCAAAUCCUCUUGUUUUCGGCGACUUUCCCAUUAACUGUUAAAAAUUUUAUGGAGAAGCAUUUACGGGAGCCUUACGAAAUUAAUUUAAUGGAAGAAUUAACAUUAAAAGGAGUUACUCAAUACUAUGCAUUCGUCCAAGAACGUCAGAAAGUACAUUGUCUAAACACAUUGUUCUCGAAACUUCAAAUAAAUCAAUCCAUCAUAUUUUGCAAUUCUACACAGCGCGUAGAACUUCUAGCAAAAAAAAUUACUGAACUUGGAUAUUGUUGUUACUACAUACAUGCAAAAAUGGCACAAGCACAUCGAAAUCGAGUUUUUCACGACUUCCGCCAAGGUUUGUGCCGAAAUCUUGUAUGUUCGGAUUUAUUUACUCGUGGAAUAGAUGUUCAAGCCGUGAAUGUUGUUAUUAAUUUCGACUUUCCAAGAAUGGCGGAGACAUAUUUGCAUCGGAUUGGUCGCUCUGGGCGAUUUGGGCACUUAGGUAUUGCUAUUAACUUAAUAACCUAUGAGGACAGGUUUGACCUACAUCGGAUCGAAAAAGAACUCGGAACGGAAAUCAAACCGAUUCCGAAAGUUAUUGACCCUGCUUUGUAUGUGGCGAAUGUUGCCGUAAAUUCUGGAGAAACUAGUAAUAACGAUCUUAAUAACUCGUGCAUCGAGGAAGGAAAUGUUAGCAAGUAAUAUGCUAUUAACAAACAAAAUUAUACUAUUAAAAAAUUCUAAACAGAAACACGAUUGAAUUAUUGGAUUUUCAUUUUUUGUAAGAUUCCUUUAUUAUAUUUUUUAAUAAACAAGUUCUGUACAGUUUUUA